CAUAUUUAAUAAUUAUAACUCCACAACAGCCAUCGUACUAUUAUAAUAUUAACUAUAGCAGUCCUAUCGGAAAGUGAUUGCAAAUACCGGGUACCGGUAACCGUGCUUUUGCACCGCCCUUCAGAACGAUUUACGUUAACCAAAAUCGAAUCCCCUAUAUAUUCGAUUUCGUUUCCCAUAUAACACUUACCGAUGUGGAAUCGUUCUUUGUUUCUAGGUAUUGAAUAAGAUCUAAUGGCAAAACAAUGGCCUCAUAUAGAGAAUUAUUAAAGGAGAAGGAAGCCCAGAACUGGGUAAAGGCUGCCCUCGCCCUCAACAUCACCAAGGACGGAUUACAAGAUUUUCUGGAGGAUGUACUGACAUGCGUUCACCAGGACAUCUAUAGCACCGUUAGAACAUCCAAGGGUCUUCCAUCCGGGGCAGCAUGUGUCCAUUGUUUCACAGAAAACGUGUUGAAGUGCCCAACUCGUGGAAUAUGUACCAGUACUAGAAACUGUAGAUUUCAUCCUCAAAAACUGUACGCUCCUUGUCCAAAUGGGAUUUGUGAAGGCGUCCGUGAUGAAAUAGUCAAACAUCACAGGUUUUCGGGACCAUCAUGGAAGAAUACGAAUGCCGACAAAUGGAGCACCAUUCCCUGGGAGAUAGGCAAGUGUUUCCUGCCUCCCGAUGGCUACAAGACCGUGUCCUCCAUCAAAGACAGUGACUUUAACGGAGUGAUCAGCGUCAUGAUAAAUUGCGAGGAUUUCAAAACCAAACUGUCAUUUAACGUUGCGACACAGCAAAAUUUAUUAACAGAGGUUCGAGACAUUGGUCGACGCGUACGCCCCUCCAAUGACCAGAGAGUCAAGGACACAGAACUAGUGGACUUCCUGUUCAAGCUACGCAUCCUGCUGGAGGAUAAGACUGAACUAGCAAACCGACCCGAGGCACAACAUGCCGUGGAACAGCUUAAGAAGCUGCAAACAGACGAUUUCAAGCUCAGUGCUGAGAACGAAGGGGAGAUAUUGAAGGAAGGACUGCGACUACGUUUGGCAAACCAUUAUCGAACCACUUUGGCCGACAUGCCGAUAUCUCCCAUUCUUGGAGAAAAGAAAGCCAAACUCGACAAAUUCUACGUGGCACCGAAAAUUGUGGAGAAAAAUUAUAGAAAAAUCGGCAAAAAUGACAAGGAAGGAAGCGGUAAAGAUGUUGUAAAAAUUUCAGAUGUUUUCCUAGGAAAAGGUCAGUUGCUCAGAAAUGUUUUCCUUGUUGGGGAACCGGGAAACGGAAAAUCCACAUUCUCCGUAAUGUGUGCCCUGGAUUGGACUCACCAGCAUUUACCAGCGGAGGAAAACGUCGGUAUUAAAACAAGCUUUGCCGACCCAGAAUUCUUCAAAGAGUUUGCAUUUUUGUUCCAUGUCACCCUACGAGAUUCAGGUAAAACGUGUGAUCUAGCACAAAUGAUCAAGGAUCAACUUAUACGUAAAAUCUACCACGAGAGGGAUGCCGAUGAUGGCUACCGGCUCUUACAGACGGUGCUGGAUUGUGAAACAUGUUUAAUCAUAGCUGACGGCCUCGACGAAUGGACCCAUCCGGAAAACGUAAACUGUACCUGCAAAACUGAGGAAAAAGUCACCCCUUUCCGAAAUUCGGCCAACAAGGCCACACUCCUCACGACAACGCGUCCCUGGCGAAUGUCACAGUUUAGAGUGCAGGAUUCAAAGAUCGACAAAUAUCUUGAAAUAGAAGGAGCUGCAGACACAAAGCAACUCGUGGAAAAUAUCAUCAACAUUCUUAAUGGGGGAAAUGAGGAUGAACGAACAACAUGGGCUUUCAUGAACAUGGUGUCAGCGAAAGGUCUUGAAGGAUUAUUGUCGGCACCUAUCAGUACCACCCAGCUCGUGUGCCUGUGGUUCGAGGGCAAAUUGUUAACCGAUUCAAAAUGUGACAUUUAUGCUCGCGUGAUAAACAUGCUAUCAUGUAGACUUAGUUAUAUGCAAAGCGGGAAUAACAUUCCGGAAAUUGAACUGCCAUCUGUAUUAAAGGAACACGAAUGCUUCGUGCAAAAUCCCAUGGUUUACCUUGUGCUGGCGAAGUUAGCAUACACAACUUUGUAUUCAGAGUGCAGAGAUUCGUCUGUUGUUUUCAGCAACAAAACAGUCAACGCUUUGUUAAGCAGGAAGCAGGUUGAAUUUGCAUUGAAGUCUGGCUUACUCACGGAGAAGAAAUCCAACUCAUUAAUCAAGAGAUCAUCUCACUUUUCAUUCUUUCAUAAAACACUUCAAGAGUUUUUAGCGGCUCUUCAUUUAUGUUUAAAUGAAAACGACUUCAGUCAGCUAUCAAACAAGUACGAACACGAUAAUAAGGAAAAUAUCUUGGGAGAUGUUUCUCAGACAUUUAUUUUCAUAUGUGGAAUGAAGCCCGAGCUCGGUGUACAAAUGUCUUCAUGGAUCAAUAGUUCUAUACCACCAUACCAACCAUCACUCGACAAUAGAGAGGCUAGACUACUACAGGACCUGAUUCUCUCCGGGCACCGUGAAGCCAGGGCGAACAACUAUGGUGACGUACCGCUCUAUCUCACACACUUCUGGAUUUAUAGUAACCAGGAUGUCGUAGUGUUUAAAAAGCUGAUGAUGAUAAACAAGGAACGUAUUCAGUCACUAGAGAUCCAUCAAUGCAAUGAUCAAAAUAAUGGGGAAGAGCUGCAGGAGAUGAUCACAUCCUCCUCCGACUCCCUCAAAGCAGUGGAACUGUGUGACCGUGAUGGGCAGUAUGACCUGUCCCAGUGUCACAGGCUGGAACAUCUGUAUAUAGGGGGAGACGAUACAACACGUGUGCAGGUUGAUCCAACACAUAUUACAACAUGUGACUUAGAGUAUGUAUCAUCAAAUGUUGAAAUGUACAUAUUAAGAUUAUUUAAAGACGAUCAAAGGAGGAGUAAACCACAACAUGUUGAGUUACGUAACGUUAAGAAUGUCCAGUUACUUGUGGAUACACUACCAAGUCUCCCUCAGUUACAACACCUUGAGAUAUGGUAUACAGAUCUAGGUGAGCUCCACCUCCUCCCUCCAGCCUCCAUCACCGAUAUUACACUUGGGUUGGUGACAAUGACAGCGGAGGCGGUGCGGAGUCUGAUAGAGACGAUGAAGAACAUACCACACACCAUUACAUGCGACAUGGGGAACUGCUGGGUGGAACCUGCCAGUGAGAUGAAAGACAUCCGAGAACAUAUGAACAGUUCGCCGUCAUUCGAGGUUCUCAAGUUUGGCCAUACGUGGGGAUUGCUUGAUUUCAGAUUCACCAAAAUGUGAACAAUAAGUUAAAUGUUAGCAUCGAUUAUGGGAAUUCAUGUUUGAUGAAAAACAGUGAAACAAUCAAUGGGGAAGUGUCAUUCUAUUUAUAGAUAUAUAUGUUACUUUUCCCGGAACUAAUUAUUAUCAACCACUUUCUAUGUGUAUUCAAAGUUAAUUUGAUUUAUGUUGUGUAUUUACUUGCAUCCUAAAAUAGAUUUAACUGUACACAGCAAUGUCGUUGUGGCUGGUGUUAUUAAACAUAUCAAACUUGGAUGAAAACUUUAUUUGU